CAUAUAUUGGCACUUCCUUUCCUUCUCUUUUUAUUGCAAUCUGGAAAAUUAGUACAUCAAAAGCUAGUUAGUGCGUUCGACUUCAAGAUGGCAGGCCGUAUUUUUACCCUCCACACCUUCCCAUCAAGGUCAAGAUCCACAGUUUUGAAGUCAUUAGCAGCAUGUCAUUACACAACCAAGCAGAGAUAUAGCAGCCAAGGGAGCAAGGGAGAGCACCACGGCUACACAGGUAUAGAAGAGAGAGCAUCUUCUACGGCUGAGGAGUUCAAGAGAAUGGCCGAGGAGAAGCUGAAGGCGGCGGAGCAAGGUGUGGCCAGCCAGACAGUGGACCAGACAUACGAUGGGACAGAGGAAGCUACCGUGGGUGACUCUAACGUCGACUCUGUCAAGAAUAGGUACAAGGAACAUGAGCCCGGGGCUGACUACAAAAGGAGGCCACAUGACGACUAAAUUAAAUCAUAUAUUCAUGUAUAAUUUGCAUCCGAAAAGAAACAGAGAGGCAGAGAGCUACCUUAUUUGUGUUUCAAAACUAUGUAAUGUAGUAGGUUUUUUACAUAAGAAAGUCACCAAGCGCCUAGCAUAGUUGUUUUUGUACACCUUGGUAUAAUUUGAGCAAUAAAACGAAGGGUUAAACGAUAAAAAA